UUGAGAAACUGGCCUGUCUGGUCCGGGUCCAGCCCCACCCACCCCCAACUCCUGGCGGGCUGGCUGAGAACAGCUGACACCAGCAGUAGCUCACGUGACUAGUAGACUCUCAGUUCCGCUCCCUGUCCCAGACCAGGAGCAGUGACCCGCUGUGGUUAGGAAAGCCUCUGCAAGACCAGCCCUAGAAGUCUGUCGUGCUUCACCCCUCUGCUCCUGCCAUGGGGCACCUUGGGGUCCUCCUCUUCCUGCUUGGGGGCCUGGGAACUCUCGCUGAUAUCUGCGAAAUACCAGAGGUGGAUAGCAAGCUGGUGGAGACGCUGGGCCAGCGCCUCUUGCCCUGGAUAGACUGGCUCUCCCUGGAGCACCUGAACCCCAGUAUCUACGUGGGCCUACGCCUCUCCAGCCUGCAGGCUGGGGCCAGGGAGGCCUUCUAUCUGCACAUCCUCAAGCUCAAGUACCAGCAGAGCUUCCUGAGUCCUAGGCUUGCUGUCAACGAUGACAAAAGGGACGACCAGGCCAAGCCCUCCAUGGGCCAGCUGGCCCUCUACCUGCUGGCUCUCAGGGCUAACUGUGAGUUCGUUGGAGGCCACAAGGGUGACAGGCUGGUCUCCCAGCUGAAGCGGUUCCUGGAAAAUGAGAAGAGGGCCAUUGGACCCAAUCACAAGGGCCACCCCCACACUAGCUACUACCAGUAUGGCCUGGGCAUCCUGGCCCUGUGUGUCCACCAGAAGCGGCUCCAUGACACCGUGGUGGGCAAGCUCCUGUAUGCUGUGGAACAUGACCAGCAUAUCCACCGGGACCACCUCUCUGUGGACACAGUGGCCAUGGCAGGCUUGGCCUUCACCUGUCUGGAUCACUCCAACUUCAACCCCAAUCAGAGACACCGGAUCACCCUGGCCAUUAGGACAGUACAAGAGAAGAUCCUGAAGGCCCAGACCGCUGAGGGCUACUUUGGGAAUGUCUACAGCACCCCUUUGGCAUUACAGUUACUGAUGAAUUCCUUCAUGCCUGGAGAGAAGCUGGGUAGAGCAUGCCUCAAGGCAAGGACUGCUCUGUUGGCCAGUAUGAAGAAUGGGGCCUUCCGGAAUGCUCUUUUAAUUUCCCAGCUGCUGCCUGUCCUGAACGGCAAGAGCUAUGUAGAUCUCAUCUCCCCAGACUGUGAGGCACCAAGAGUCCUAUUGCAACUAGCCAUGGAGUAUCCUUCACAGACCCGAGAGGUCAUCAGCGUCAUGCUGAAGGUCCCCAGUGUCAUGCCACCAUACAGAUACUCCAUCUCUGUCCCUGCUGGGUCCUCCUUGGAAGAUGUCUUUAAGAAGGCCCAGAAGCUCGGAGGAUUCACGUAUGGAACGCAGAACACCUUGUCGGGCCCCUACCUGACUUCCGUGAUGGGGAAAGAAGUUGGGGAACGUGAGUUCUGGCAGCUCCUCCGAGCCCCUGACACUCCGCUCCUAGAAGGUAUUGCUGAGUACACCCCCAAGAAUGGAGAAACCAUCGAGUUGAGGCUGGUUAGCUGGUAGCCCCUGGGCUCACCUGCCCACAGCCUGGCCUACUCCCUGGGCUUCUGCCUUCCCUCCAGACAUUGCUGUAACAGGCACACACCCAACCCUGCUGCUACCUCAUGUGUACUUGGAGCAGUGACCCCUGGAUUACCCAGCUGUCACCCUCACAGAUGUCCUCAGCCAUCAUCCACCCUGGGUCAGGGAACCAAGCACCUUCCCUGGGAAGGGUGCCGUCUCAAGUCUGGCUCAGCCUGGCCACACAGGCAUCCCCUGAAGGCCACUCAUAGUCUGAAGGGUCUAAAGCAGACUCCUCGACACAAGGAGAAGUCACCGGCUACUAGUGUUGUGAGUACCGCCCCAUAUGGGAUUGGGGUCCUGCGAGGAGACCUCUGUGGCCCAGGGGCUGUGGCCCUGACCCCAGCUCUGUCCCUGGCCUUCAGGGAAGUGGCCCCAGUCCUGGUCGUGGCAUAGUGCCUGGGGAGGGCUCUGCAGAGCUGCUCAAAGCCUGCCUCUGAAAUGAUUAAAGUGUUGAUUCUGCA